CCCGGGCCACACCUCACUGGCCGCUGGGCCCAUCCCAGUCAGCGCCGCGCCGAACCCCGUCCGCGCGCGCCGGGGAGCGGCGCCCCCGCCGCUGCCGCCGCGACCCUUGGCGCCUGCCCCUGCGCCGGGAGGUCUGCAGGGAACUGGCCAGGCAAGGGGGCAGGCCCAUUUCUCCUGGUGGUUGGUGCGUUGCAGCAGCAGCGGGAGCCAGGACUAAGGACAAGCGGGAGCUGGGAGCCCCAGCCCCACUGCAGGCCCCACCAUGGCGCCGUUCCUGCGCAUCGCCUUCAACUCCUACGAGCUGGGCUCCCUGCAGGCUGAGGACGAGGCGAACCAGCCCUUCUGUGCUGUGAAGAUGAAGGAGGCGCUCAGCACAGAGCGUGGGAAAACACUGGUGCAGAAGAAACCGACCAUGUAUCCUGAGUGGAAGUCGACGUUCGAUGCCCACAUCUACGAGGGGCGCGUCAUCCAGAUUGUGCUAAUGCGGGCAGCAGAGGAGCCAGUGUCUGAGGUGACCGUGGGUGUGUCGGUGCUGGCCGAGCGCUGCAAGAAGAACAAUGGAAAGGCUGAGUUCUGGCUGGACCUGCAGCCUCAGGCCAAGGUGUUGAUGUCUGUUCAGUAUUUCCUGGAGGACGUGGAUUGCAAACAGUCUAUGCGCAGUGAGGACGAGGCCAAGUUCCCAACGAUGAACCGCCGCGGAGCCAUCAAACAGGCCAAAAUCCACUACAUCAAGAACCAUGAGUUUAUCGCCACCUUCUUUGGGCAACCCACCUUCUGUUCUGUGUGCAAAGACUUUGUCUGGGGCCUCAACAAGCAAGGCUACAAAUGCAGGCAAUGUAACGCUGCCAUCCACAAGAAAUGCAUCGACAAGAUCAUCGGCAGAUGCACUGGCACCGCGGCCAACAGCCGGGACACUAUAUUCCAGAAAGAACGCUUCAACAUCGACAUGCCGCACCGCUUCAAGGUUCACAACUACAUGAGCCCCACCUUCUGUGACCACUGCGGCAGCCUGCUCUGGGGACUGGUGAAGCAGGGAUUAAAGUGUGAAGACUGCGGCAUGAAUGUGCACCAUAAAUGCCGGGAGAAGGUGGCCAACCUCUGCGGCAUCAACCAGAAGCUUUUGGCUGAGGCCUUGAACCAAGUCACCCAGAGAGCCUCCCGGAGAUCAGACUCAGCCUCCUCAGAGCCUGUUGGGAUAUAUCAGGGUUUCGAGAAGAAGACCGGAGUUGCCGGGGAGGACAUGCAAGACAACAGUGGGACCUACGGCAAGAUCUGGGAGGGCAGCAGCAAGUGCAACAUCAACAACUUCAUCUUCCACAAGGUCCUGGGCAAAGGCAGCUUCGGGAAGGUGCUGCUUGGAGAGCUGAAGGGCAGAGGAGAGUACUUUGCCAUCAAGGCCCUCAAGAAGGAUGUGGUCCUGAUCGACGACGACGUGGAAUGCACCAUGGUUGAGAAGCGGGUGCUGACACUCGCCGCAGAGAAUCCCUUUCUCACCCACCUCAUCUGCACCUUCCAGACCAAGGACCACCUGUUCUUUGUGAUGGAGUUCCUCAAUGGGGGGGACCUGAUGUACCACAUCCAGGACAAAGGCCGCUUUGAACUCUACCGUGCCACGUUUUAUGCCGCUGAGAUAAUGUGUGGACUGCAGUUUCUACACAGCAAGGGCAUCAUUUACAGGGACCUCAAACUGGACAAUGUGCUGCUGGACCGGGAUGGCCACAUCAAGAUUGCCGACUUUGGGAUGUGCAAAGAGAACAUAUUCGGGGAGAACCGGGCCAGCACCUUCUGCGGCACCCCUGACUAUAUCGCCCCUGAGAUCCUACAGGGCCUGAAGUACACAUUCUCUGUGGACUGGUGGUCUUUCGGGGUCCUUCUGUACGAGAUGCUCAUUGGCCAGUCCCCCUUCCAUGGUGAUGAUGAGGAUGAACUCUUCGAGUCCAUCCGUGUGGACACGCCACAUUAUCCCCGCUGGAUCACCAAGGAGUCCAAGGACAUCCUGGAGAAGCUCUUUGAAAGGGAACCAACCAAGAGGCUGGGAGUGACCGGAAACAUCAAAAUCCACCCCUUCUUCAAGACCAUAAACUGGACUCUGCUGGAAAAGCGGAGGUUGGAGCCACCCUUCAGGCCCAAAGUGAAGUCACCCAGAGACUACAGCAACUUUGACCAGGAGUUCCUGAACGAGAAGGCGCGCCUCUCCUACAGCGACAAGAACCUCAUCGACUCCAUGGACCAGUCUGCAUUCGCCGGCUUCUCCUUUGUGAACCCCAAAUUCGAGCACCUCCUGGAAGAUUGAGGUUCCUGGACAGAUCAGGCUAGCCCCGCCCUCCACCCACACCUGCCCGCUACCCACGAUAAGCACCAGUAGGACUGUGGUGACUUCUGCUGCUGGCCCCGCCCCUGCCCCCAGAGCGUCCUUGGCUGCCGUCUGGCCGGGCUCUCAUGGUACUUCCUCUGUGAACUGUGUGUGAAUCUGCUUUUCCUCUGCCUUCGGAGGGAAAUUGUAAAUCCUGUGUUUCAUUACUUGAAUGUAGUUAUCUAUUGAAAAUAUAUAUUAUAUAUAUAGACAUAUAUAUAUAUAAUAGGCUGUAUAUAUUGCUCAGUAGAGAAAAACCAUGGGGGACUGACUGGUGAUAUGUUGAUCUUUUUCAAAAAAAUAUAUAUAUGACAAAAAAAAAAAAAAAAAAGAGCACAAGCUGUUUGAACCACCAGAUUUAUUUGUGUGUCUAAAUAAACACCAAAUGGUACCAA